AUGGAGUUCGCGGCGAUGAAGCGGAGGGGCCUGCUGGAGCUCUGCCGGCAGCACGGCCUCGCCACCCGCGGCUCCAAAGCCGACCUCGCCGCCGGGCUCGCGGGCGUGCUCUCGUUGCAGGGGGCUGCUGCUGCUGAGAGUGUGGUUGGUGUGGUGGUGGGAAAGGGUUGUCUGAAGCGGCUGCGAGGUAAUGCUGGCGGUGGCACCUCUGGGGCUUCCAAGAAGGUCAGAUUUGCAUUGGAUGAAACGUCAGAGGUGAAGGGACGAAGACGAAGGUCCCAGGUGAUUUUGUCACUGGUUGUUGCCAAGACAGGGGGGAGGCGCAAGGCUAGGAAGGCACUUCCUUCUGCAGUAGUGAGUGGAAGGGGUCGGCGGCGGAAGCGCAAUGAUGGUGGUGGUUCUGCUCAUGAAAGUGUUACCAGAGAGGUGGGUGCAGAUGCCCCAUUGACACAGUCCAGGAUGAAAGUGGUGUGUUUACAUGCUCCCAGUGGGGUUGAAAGUCAGAAUAACCCUGCUGAGGCUGAGGAAGGAGGGGAGGUGGUAGGAACAGCUACUGGUAGGAAGCAGAAGCUCAAGGCCCAGGAGAAUGCCGAGGUUAUUGCUAAUUCUCGGGCAGGAAUUUCUCGUAGGAUCACAAGGAGUUUAAGAUCGUCAGCUGCAGCAGUUCUAUUGCCCCUUGAUGCUGAGGAGAAGAUAGGGGCUAGGAAGGUAGAUGGUAAUGAUGAACUUUCUGCUGAGGAGCAUGCUGCUGGAGUUCAAGAUUUGACUAUUGCAGCAUCACCAGUUAUUAUUGAGAGUAGUAGUAGUAGCAGGAUGGGGGAAGAUUGCGUUCCUUCUGUGCAGAAGCCUUCGAAGGUGGUGGUAUCUUGCAGAACCACAAGAUUAAGCUCAGUAGCAGCUGAUGUGAUAUUGCCCACUGUCGUUGGAAAAAAGAGGAGGAAGCCAAGGGGUAGGCCCAAGGCCAGGAAGACACUUCCUACCGCAACUCUGGGCGGAAGGGGUAGCCAGCAGAAGUGUGAUGUUGCUGGCGAUUCUGUUGAUCAUGGUGCUUUUGGAGAGGUGGGUGCAGAUGCUCCAGUGACACAGUUCGGGACAAAGGCCGUGAAUUCGCGUGCUGAAAGUGGAGUUGAAAGUCAGAAUAAUCUUGCUGAGGCUGAGGAAGAAGAGGAGGCAGUAGAAGCAACUACUUAUAGGAAGCAGAAGCGGAAGAUCCAGGAGAAUGCUGAGGAUAUUUCUGCGAAUGCUCCAUCUGGAAUUUCUCAUAGGAGGACGAGGAAGUCAAGCUCGUCCCCAGCUGCUGUUCUGUUGUCCCCUGUUGUUGAGAAGAUGGAAGUAGCAGAUGAUAAGGAUGAACUUGGUGUUAAGGAGUUAGCUGAAGUUAAAAUUUUGGCUACCACAACAUUAUCAAUUAUUGUUGAGAGUAAGAGGAAGGAAGAAGACUACAUCCCUGCUGAACUGAAACCUGCUAAGGUGGAGUUUUAUGGCAGAACUACAAGAUCACAUUCAAUAGCAGCUACUGUGUCAUCGCCCACUGUGAUUGGAAGAAAGGUAAGAAAGGCAGAAGAUGUGCACCCAAAUGGAGAGGUGUCUAUGGAUUUGGAGGUUCCUCGAAAUGAUGCCCCUAUUACCAAGUCACUGAGGAACAGAGUUGUUCACAACAGUGUAGUUGAUGAAACUUGUGCCCGCAAGAAGCUUGAAAUCAAGAGGAAGCCCAGUCGACCAGCAACUCACAGGCAUCAGCCGAUUGUACCUUCUGUAGAGGAGAAAGAACAAGUUGCUGUGCUCUGUAAGUUCUCCCAACACAGGCGAUCAAGCAGAAACCGUCCUCAGGCUGAUGAAUUGUUAAGAAACACAGAUUUAGAAAAUAUCAAGUUGAGUAGAGUACCAGUGGGGGGCAAGGACUUGAGUAUAGCUCAUCGAUUGACACGUAAUACUGCUAAGACCAGAUUGGAAGAUGUUGAGUCGCUGUCAUCAGGUUUCAAAGAUAGGAUCACCAUGAGCUACAAGGAUAAUAUAGCUAGAAAUGGUGGUCGUGUUUCAUUAUCUGAUGACAAUGGCAAUAAGGCUUCAGCUGCAGAAACAGCGUUAGGAGUGGUUGAUGAAAGAACCAAAGGUAUGCACGAAAGUGUUAGUAACAAGGAGUUUAAAAAUGCCAAGGGUGGAGAUGUGGGUAAGCAGCCAGCUGUAAGUGGAUGUGUUAGGCGAUCAACACGUAAAUCUAGUAAGUCGGUUCGAAUCUAG